UUCGGGUUACCACCAUUCCGAACGCCUCCCGUGUUUUUCUUUGGCCGUGUGAGGUAAACAUGGCGACCAUCCAACCUCUUGAUUUAGAUGAACUGAGCGGUAUUUGGAACUUCUUUGUGAGCAUCGAAUGGAGGGAUCCGUGCAUGUUGGCUCUGAUAGUGUUUCAUGUAGUUGUUACAUCCAUGGUUCUUCUUACAAGAAACCACAGCAACUUCCAGAUAAUUCUUUUCUUUAUUUUACUGUUCCUGGUAUAUUUCUCAGAAAAUAUUAAUCAAUUGGCAUCAAACAAUUGGAGGUUGAUGGCCACUCAUCAGUAUUUUGACAGUAAAGGAAUGUUCAUCUCUCUGGUUUUCUCAAUACCCAUCCUCCUGAAUUGUAUGGGCAUGGUGGCAUCAUGGCUGUAUCAAUCUAGUCAACUUAUGACGAAGCUGAAAAAAGCUCAAUUGAGGCAGCAAGCGCAGUUGAAUGCUCAAGGAAAACAAGCCUCCAUUCAUGGUGCUUCUCAGCAACAUUCCAAGCAAGAGUGAGCUGUGUUUUGUGGACCCGACUUCUGGCUUUUGAACCUUUGCAUCUAUUUAUGUUGUUUCUUCAAGAUUUUUUUCAAGUUUGUCAGAUUUUGACUCCGGCAUAAUUCUUGGUUUGUCUUAAAGUUAGGUAUAUGCCCACUAAUGUGUUUCUUUUACAUCACUGAUUCCUGCUAAUUUGAGUGAACUAAACAAUUAGAAAGUUGAAGGAAGCUUAAGCCAUGCAUAUUUGUCUUAAAGAUCUCUUUGCUUCACUAGAUGCCAUUUGAGCAAAUUAGUGUGAUAUUGACAAUGAAAUAGUUUUAGACUGCAGUUAGUUUUCUUUUGCUGUUAUCGUUGUAUUUUGUAGUAGCGUCUUUAUACAACAUUUAACAUCUACUGUCAAAGACAAAGGGAAUCCCUCCAUUUUCAGGAUGAUCUGUCAUACUUACCCCUAUACAGUUCCUUGUUGAUGUAUCUGAAAUAAUCGAAUUUGUACAGCCAUACAGAUGAAUGUUUUUUUUUCUCAACAGAGCUUUGCCUAGUACGUAAUAUCUAAAGGUAUCUGAUAAGCUUUUAUUCCCACUAUUGCAACCUCUUUACCAGUCAGUUUUGCAUUGUUGUUGCAUUUUUAUUACUUUGUUUACAGUACAACAAAUUUAACAAUGAAAAUGUGACUUUUUCUCUAUUUUAAUGAGAAGUAGAUACUUUUCAUAGAAAACUAGAGCACUCCAUAUUCAAAGUUAACAAAUUUUGAUAAUAGCACGUAUGUAUUUACUUGCCAAUUGGCAAAUUGAUUCCAUAAUUUUCCUGUUUAUCUAGCCUUUGAUAGCCACUCUUCAUAAGAAGCUACUUCAAAGCUGGUUCAGGAUUGAUUCAUAUAGAGGCUAUUUUCUUUUCUUUUUUUUCUUGUGGUAGCUACUUUAAAUAGAUGUGACCCCUCAAAUUAUUUCCCUGGAGGUAUUUAAAUUGAUAAUUGCUAUGAGACAUAUUUUAACCCAGCAUAAUCAUUUCUUCUCUGUGAUAACUAAAACAUCUUUUUAGAUAAUUUGGAGUGUGUUUGAACUAUCAUAAUUUAACUGACAUGGAAGAGUAAUGGUGAUUUCUCAACAAGAAUGGUGUCCCUACGCAUACUUGUAAAUCCUAUGAGAGUGGAAUAAUGUGAAAAGUUUAUAGGAGGAUAUUUAAUGCAGUAUAGGUUGGUAUGAUUGUUGGUUUUUUUCUUGCAUUCAUUUGUAAUUUGUAGAAUAUUCCAUACCAAUUUUAGCUUCUUUUAUUGUGCGUGUUGCGUAUGUGUGUGUUUUCCCGUAGUGAUGAGGUUGGUAUCAAAAUGCUUUCAAAUCAUAUUUUCAAAACAGUAUCAAAGUAUUUUUAUUCAGUAUUUUCAUGAAGAAAUGGUUAAUACUGGAGGAGGAUAGUGUUGUAUAAGAAUGACUGAAAAUUUAACUUGUGAUUUUGGAAUGGAAUGUCUCAAUACAGACUGUAAUAUUUUCUUGAAAAGGUCAUUUGAAACUAACUUCAUUGGCUUCUCCUGAUCCCACCAAAUAUUUCCAGUUUUAUUUUUUAGUGUUACUGCCCAACUUGAGGGUCUGAUCAAGUGUACAAUAAUUUCUAUAGUGUGUUAAGUCUGCAAGUUACAGGUUCUUUUUCUGAUCUAUUGCUAAAUUUUAAUUAUCAUUGUAGUGCAUUCAAUCUGGAUGACAAUACAAUAUUUGUUCUUGUUUUAGGCUGUAGCGUGUGUCCAGCACUGUACAUAGUGUUCAAUAUGACAUGAUAGUGCAAUUUUGUUUGCUAUUCCUUUCUCUCCUGUUUUGGGUUUGCUAAUAUGGGUCGGUAGGUGGUGGUGUAAGUAAUUAACUUCUGUGCCUGUACCCGUUUUCAUUUAUUUAAUCUAUCGUCAGGUUUUGGCAGGAUUUACAAUUCCUCACUGAGGUAAAAUAAUGAAGUAUACAAUACAUGUUUUCAUGGCCUGUGUGGAUGAAUAGUGAGUUUAUGUUCCCCCUUCAAUUUAAUAAUAGUAGAGUUAGUCACAGCCAGAGUUGCUACCAUUUUGUGCAGGAGUAACCACAUUUUACUUUUAAGGAAAAUCAAAAAUAUAUGAAAGUGGCUAUGAACAGUAGUAGGUAUUGUCAUAGUGAAUUUAAAUCGGUGAGAAUUUUUUUGUUUUCUUCUCUUUUUUAUAUCAAACAUCUUAUCACACUUAAGCCGUAUGAAAAAAUAAUCCUGGUGUUUCAUGCUUAACAAAACCAACUGAAGAGUACUAAACACAAGAGUGCUAUGUUAUGUGUUACUGUAGAAAUGUUCUACAUCCAAUUUUAUCGUGUUUUAUUUUUGUUUAUUUUAAUUUUGCCUAAUUCAGGUGUUACCAAUGUGUUGGCUUGAUAACAAGAACAGGCCUCUCAGACUAGUCAAGUGGUACUUGCAAGUGUUAUCUGUUUUCUGGUUUUAAGCCAAUCACUUAUUUCUGAUUAUUCACCAAUGUAAGUAGUAUAAUUUCUUAGAUAAACUCGGAAUCUGGAAGGCUAUUUUUGUGUUUGUACUAAGAGUUGAAGUGCCAUGCCAAGAAUACUCAAAAUUCUCUGGUUUGCUAUUCUUUGCAUGUUAUUUGUAACUCUGGUAGAGAGAGACUCAAAAGAUCCCACUAAUUUUGUACGCAGAGUAAACUGUCAAGUAGGUGUCGAACUUUUCAAUGAAUCUCAAUAGUUUUACUAUCAAAGUUUCCGAGUUCAUUGAGGUACUUGUUUAUUGCAUUCCCGUGUCACACUUUUGCUUCCAGCAAGAAAAUUAUAUUUGUACUUAGCACUUUUAUCAGCAACCACUGUUGAGUACAACUUAGUGCACUUAAAUGUUAUUAUUGAUUAAAUAAAGACUGAGCCCCUGUUAAAAA